AUGGCCUGUUGGGAUGGAAGGCUGACCGUGUCCCAGUGGCCCUCAGGAAUGCCCGGAAUGACCGCCACCUUUAUUCUAAUUACUUCUCCCGCUCUCAUCGAGCUGCCAGCUGCCCGUCCUCCGGCCUUUAACUCCCCUCCGGCCGUCCAGCCGUUAGACCCGGUCACCAUGAGCCUCCGGGCCUCCCUGGCCCUGUUCGCCUCUCUGAGCGUGCUCCACGGGGGCCGCGCCCCACGUCCCUUCUCCUCCGAGGAGCCCGGCUGCUUCAAAGUCAACGACUGUAAAUGCAUCAUGAAGGACGGCAGCGGGGUGGUCAACCUGAAGGCCAUGGGGGACGUGGACGGCUUCCUGGGGCACCUGAGGCCCGUGGGGGCGGAGAAUCUGCUCUCCUUCAGCCCCUGCCAGCACUUCUCCCAGCCCGAGGACUUCAGAGGCAGCGACUGCACCAACGUCGCCGUGUGCCUCGUUGUCAGGUCUCAAGGGCUCGGUGGAUACAUCAGCCGCUAUAUCAGCUACGGAAAACACGAAGGGAACGUAUUCCAUUACAACCACACCCUGCAGGUGCUGUCUGUGUCCUACUUUGCUCACAGUGACCAGCCGGAGACCAUCGUACACUACCACUGCAGUCCAGAUCAGCCGGUGUCCAGCAUCCGGGACCAGAGCCUGCUGGCUGACCGGCCCCUGCAGAUCUGGGUGGACAGCCCCUGUGCUUGUCCAAACCUGUGUGCGAUGGGAGACCUGGGUCUGGGCACCAUCUUCCUCAUCGGCCUCUCCCUGAGCGCCGCGGCCUACUUUGUCCUCGGGUCCUGUGCGCUGCGGCCCUUUCGGAGCAGCAGCGGGGUGCAGAUGUCCCCGGAGCACAGCGUGUGGUGCACCAUCUGCUACCUGUGCAGCGAGGGCCGGCCCACCCAGCCCACCCAGCCCACCCCACGCCGACCAGCACUGACCUCCGGGGGGCUGGACAGGGCCUCGGCCCGCCGGGCGACCUUAACCUGA